UUACCUCAUACAGACAGACUCCACAAGUUUCCUCAAGACCUACCUGUGCAUACAGGCUGACCCAGCAAAAGAACUGAGCUCGCAGCCUGAGAUGGAUGGCAGUAACUGCAAAGUCAUCACUCCUCUCCUGACGCAGAGAUACCGCAGGAUGGUCACGAAAGACGGCCACAGCACACUUCAAAUGGAUGGUGCCCAGAGAGGCCUUGCCUAUCUUCGGGACGCCUGGGGGAUCCUAAUGGACAUGCGCUGGCGUUGGAUGAUGCUGGUCUUUUCUGCUUCUUUUGUUGUCCACUGGCUUGUCUUUGCAGUGCUCUGGUGCCUUUGUGGCGAAGAUUGCCAGGCCAAAAAAUCGAGCUUUCUCAAUUCGAUUUACUGACUUAGCAGUAGUAGCUCACAUAGACGGCAAACCUAAUCUUAUUUUCCAAGUGGCCAACACGAGACCCAGUCCUCUGACCAGUGUCCGAGUCUCAGCUGUACUCUACCAGGAAAGAGAAAAUGGUGAACUCUACCAGACCAGUGUGGACUUCCACCUUGACGGCAUCAGUUCUGAGGAAUGUCCAUUCUUUAUCUUCCCACUAACCUACUAUCAUGCCAUUAUACCAUCAAGUCCUCUGGCUACUCUGCUCCAGCAUGAAAGCCCUACCCAUUUUGAAUUAGUUGUGUUCCUUUCAGCAAUGCAGGAAGGCACUGGAGAAAUAUGCCAAAGGAGGACAUCCUACCUGCCCUCUGAGAUCAUGUUACAUCACAGUUUUGCAUCGCUGUUGACCCGAGGUGCCAAGGGUGAAUAUCAAAUCAAGAUGGAGAAUUUUGACAAGACUGUCCCUGAACUUCCAACUCCUCUGGUGUCUAAAAGCCCCAACAGGACUGACCUGGAUAUCUGUAUCAAUGGACAAAGCAUUGACAAUUUUCAGAUCUCUGAAACAGGACUCACAGAGUAAGAGGCAUCCACAGGCCCCUACUUUUUAAUGUUUUAAAUAUACCCAGCCAGUUAUGCAGCUGCUUUUCCUUCAUCUAAUGUUUUCCGAUGCCAAUUACAUCACAGUAAUCAAGCCUAUGUCCCUAAGAAAUGGCUGAGCUAACAAUACUCAUUUUGGAAAUACAACAUUCUACUUUACAAAGUUUGUAUCUGUGGUUAUCUGCUGAAAUCAGUGCAUCUCAGUGACAGAUAUUUACACAGAAAUGUUGCUGGUAAAUUCAGAAGAAUGUGGCAUGAUACCAGUAAUAAAGGUAAAAUGAACAGUGAAGUUCAACACAGCUGAACUCAAAGAAAAGCAACCAUAAAUCUCUCAUUUUCAUCUGCAAGUUGAAGCAACAAUCUAGUUUCAAACCUAGCUCCCUGGGUAGAAAGAUGAUUUCACAAUAUUUAGUGAACAUCCUUUUAAAACUGUUUUCAAGACAACAAAGAUCAUUCCUUUGGUUCUUUAUACUUCAAAACAUGGGUAAGUAUCAUUCUCUUAUUUUAACAGCUAAGAGCAAAAACUCACUAAAUAAACAGCAAAGUCUAGAUUUACAUGUAACUCUAAAAGCAUCUAAUAAGCAUGACACUGAAAUAUACAUACAUUUGUUUAUUUAAGGCAGAGUGUGAUCAGAGUGCGAGCACUAAUCUCAACAGAAGGUACAGGGUGGUAUUUUUGGCCAGGACAAAGCCAGGUCCACUUUCUAACUACCUUGCAUAAUAAUCAAAUAGUGAUCUAAAACUUGUAAUCCACUAUUGAUAGGAAUGGCUUCCAAGCUAAGUAAAAACAUUCCCUUCAUAGCUCUGAUCCAUUUAAUGGUAUAAAUACCAUUCAGACAAUUUUAAGUAACUCAUAAAUGCAAAUAUACUUAAGUCUCUGUAGCUAGAAAGGUUUAGAUAGAUAUAAUCCAACUAGGAAAAAAUCUUCAAUAGAUAAAGCAAAAAUAAUUAGGCUACAAAGUAUUUUCAAACCCAAAUUCCUGUUUCCAACAUCAAAUAGUUUUUUCUACAAACACAAAAUGAGUGUUUACUCACCAGUAGGAGGCUGGACUAGAUGAACUCUAUUAUUUCUUUCCAAAUCUAAUACAUGAAAAUGACGCUCUUUCUGCUGCAUUUCUUGUUUUAUAUAUAUAUAUUAAUAGGAACCUUUUUUCUUUACCUACAGCUUAAAACUGUCCUUAAAACUUUUCACUUCAAUUUAAACAAAUAAUAAAAAAAAAAUAGGACAAAUGUCCUCAAAUCAAGAACCAAAAUAUUCACCUUAUCAUAUUUCAAAUAGAUUGUGGCUACUCUUCUUUUCUGAAAUUUCUUUGGGUUUAUGUGGGAAAGGGGGAAAUUUAACCCUUCCCACUGGUGAUGACCCAGGCAGCAAUCCUCUCUUGAAAUAAACACUGAGAAAGGCAAGCAGUUGUGAAAAGCAGGGCACAGCAGCAAGUCACAUUUUUCUACUCUUUGACCAAAAGGAAAAGAAAAUAAAGAAGAACUUUGGAGUGGUCUAAGACUGAUAAUAGCAGAAGAAUAUCAAGGACACAGAAACUUAAUUAUUGUAAACUUUUGCUGUUUGAAAUCUUAGGCAUUCUUAAGUACUAGCCAGACCAAAAGAUUUUUUUCCAAACCCAAGACUGAUGUAAUACCUGUAGACAGCAGGAAUUUUCAUUUCUAUAAUAAAGUAACAAGAUUCACCUAACCUGUAAAAAUAAAGUAGUAUCGAAGAUUUACAUGGUAUGUUUUUUCCUAAGGGUUC